UAAAAAUUCGAUUUUCUGGAAAACCUCUGUAACACUCUCCUCAUAGAAACACAGUAGUCUCUCUCUCUCUCCCUCCCUCAGUUUCCAGAUUCUAGGGUUUCGAGUACGCUCCCCCUCCCUCUCUCUCUCUCACAGAUAAUGAACCUCUAGAUUCUCGGGGGCUAAAUGAGUCAUUAUCCCACUCUCGCUCUCCUCCUCCUCCUCCUCCUCCUACUCCUCGGCGCCAACGCCGUGACCAACGAAGAGCUCCGAUCUCUCCUCGAGUUCCGCAAAGGCAUCCGCGACGGAACCUCAAACCAGCGAAUCUCAUGGGCCGCUCCAAACACCCUCUCCGACCCAACAACCUGCCUCGACAGCUGGCACGGCAUCUCCUGCGACCCGAAAACCGGUUCGAUCGUCUCAAUUAAUCUCGACCGGCUCGGUUUAUCCGGCGAGCUCAAAUUCCACACCCUCACUAAACUCCCCUCUCUCCGCAACCUAACCCUAUCCGGUAACCGCUUCUCGGGCCGGGUCGUCCCUUCCCUGGGUACAAUCACUUCCCUCCAGCAUUUAGAUCUGUCGGAUAACGGAUUCUACGGACCUAUCCCGGGUCGGAUCUCGAAUCUCUGGGGAUUAAACUACCUCAACCUCUCCGCCAACAAAUUCGCCGGCGGGUUUCCGGUCGGUUUCCGAAACCUCCAGCAGCUGAGAUCGUUAGAUUUGCACGGGAACGAGGUCGACGGAGAUGUUACCGAGAUUCUCACCGAGCUGAAGAACGUCGAGUUCGUUGACUUGAGCUCUAACCGCUUCUACGGCGGAUUGGCUCUACCGAUCUCCAACGUCUCGAGCAUCUCCAACACUCUCCGCCACUUGAAUCUGAGCCACAACGCGUUGAACGGAGGGUUCUUCCCCGACGAUUCCAUCGGUCUGUUCAAGAAUCUCGAGGUUAUCGAUCUGGAGAACAACGAGAUCAACGGCGAGCUGCCGAGGUUUGGAUCGCAGCCUCCUAGCUUGAAGAUCUUGAGGCUCGCGCGUAACCAGCUGUUCGGUGAAGUUCCUAAAGAGUUGCUGGGGAGUUCGAUUCCUUUGCAGGAGUUAGAUCUCAGUAGAAAUGGAUUCACAGGAUCAAUUAGGGAAAUCAAUUCAACAACUUUAACUCUGUUGAAUCUUUCUUCAAACGGCUUGUCUGGUGAUCUUCCGUCGAGUUUUAAGAGUUGCUUAGUGAUAGAUUUAAGUGGGAACAUGUUCUCAGGGGAUGUGUCUGUUGUCGGAAAAUGGGAAGCGACUCCGGAUGUUCUUGAUCUGAGCUCAAACAGUUUGUCCGGAGCCUUGCCUAACUUCACUUCCGCGUUUUCGAGGUUAACCGUGUUGAAUAUCAGGAACAACUCUGUUUCUGGUAGCUUGCCUUCUCUGUGGGAUGAUGAUGAUUCAGGGGGUUCUCAGUUCUCUACGAUUGAUCUCAGCUCAAAUAAGUUCAGCGGCGCGAUUCCGCGAAGUUUCUUCGCUUUUGGGAGCUUGAGGAGUUUGAAUCUUUCUAUGAAUAGCUUGGAAGGGGCGAUUCCUUUUCGUGGUUCGGGUGCUAGUGAGCUUUUGGCGUUGAGUUCUUAUCCUCAGAUGGAGUUGCUUGAUCUCUCGACCAAUUCUUUGACGGGUGUGUUGUCACCUGGGGGUAUAGGUACGAUGGAGAAAAUCAAGGUGCUGAAUCUUGCUAAUAAUAAGCUGUCUGGGGAACUUCCGAGUGAUCUCAACAAGCUUAGUGUUCUUGAGUAUCUUGACUUGUCGAACAAUGGUUUUAACGGUCAGCUUCCUGAUAAGCUUCCUUCACAGAUGGCGAGGUUUAAUGUGUCUUAUAACGACCUAUCGGGCGUAGUUCCAGAAGGUUUGAGAAGCUACCCGCGUUCGUCGUUUUAUCCUGGUAACUCUAAGCUGGUUCUCCCAGGUGGGACGACUCCAACGGAUUCUAGUAGUGGACUGGGUGUGCGUGAGAAAGAAGGUCAUUCGAAGCGUAGCGUGAUGAUCGCUGUUAUCGUUGCUUCGCUUGGAGCUGCUCUUAUGGUUCUUUUUGUCUUGUUUGCGUAUCAUCGAACACAGCUCAAGCACUUUCAUGGGAGGAGUGGGUUUACUGAGCAGGACACCGCGACUAGGGACGCCAAGUUUGGACGCUCUUCUCGUCCCUCCUUUCUCAACUUCAGCUCAAAUGCUGAACAUCAGCAUUCUUCAUCGUUGAGCUUCUCAGACGCUCACUUGCUCACCGCUAAUUCGAGGUCCUUAUCCGGGAUACCCGAACCUGAAAUAUCCGAGCAGGGUUUACCCCCCACCACAUCUGGACGGAGGUCUUCUUCAGGAGGAUCUCCAUUAUCCUCCUCACCCCGCUUUAGCGACCAGCCUGUGAUGUUAGAUGUUUACUCACCCGAUAGGUUGGCUGGAGAACUCUUCUUUUUAGAUGUUUCGCUAAAACUCACAGCAGAAGAGUUAUCCCGAGCUCCUGCAGAAGUGCUUGGUAGAAGCAGUCACGGAACACUAUACAAAGCAACGCUGGACGAUGGGCAUAUGUUAACCGUGAAAUGGUUGAGAGUUGGACUCGUGAGGCAUAAGAAAGAUUUCCACAAGGAAGCUAAAAAAAUCGGCUGUUUAAAACAUCCAAACAUUGUCCCGUUGCGAGCAUACUACUGGGGUCCGAGAGAACAAGAGAGGCUUCUCCUUUCUGAUUACAUGGGAGGAGAAAGCUUGGCCAUGCAUCUAUACGAGACUACUCCUCGGAGGUAUUCACCGAUGUCUUUCACACAGAGACUAAAAGUUGCGGUUGAGGUGGCGCAGUGUCUUCUAUACCUUCAUGAUAGAGCAAUGCCACACGGGAACUUAAAGCCAACAAACAUAAUCCUCACAAGUCCCAACAAUACCGUGCGGAUAACAGAUUACUGUAUUCACCGUCUAAUGAGUUCAUCUGGUGUAGCGGAACAGAUACUAACCAUGAGUGCGCUCGGCUACUCUGCUCCUGAACUUGCCUCGGCUUCCAAACCCGUUCCGACGCUCAAAUCAGAUGUCUACGCGUUUGGAGUGAUUCUUAUGGAGCUUUUGACUAGACGUAGCGCGGGUGACAUAAUCUCGGGUCAAUCAGGAGCCGUUGAUCUGACAGAUUGGGUGAGGUUGUGUGAUCAAGAAGGUAGGAGGAUGGAUUGCAUAGACAGAGACAUUGCAGGUGGGGAAGAGUUCUCAAAGGCAAUGGAUGAUGCACUUGCUGUAGCAAUCAUGUGCAUCGUCUCUGUGAAUGAAAGGCCUAACAUCAGACAAGUUCUUGAUCAGCUUACCUCAAUUUCUCCUUGAGAUUUAUUUAUUUUCUUUGUAUAUCUCAAUGGAUAUCUAUUCAUCCACAUCCCAUUUUUUCUUCUUUCUGUUCUUUUUUUUGUCUUUUUUUCUAGGUGUUCUUACAUUUAUAUUGUGUUGAUUAUUUUUCCCUUC